AUGGAGACCCCAAGAAGCAGAGAGGCACUGGAAAAGUUAUGCGAGUUCCUUCUGAGGGAGGCAGGUCAUUCCGAAGUAAGCGAUACGCUAGAGGAUCUGUUUGCUACCGCUCCUCAGAAGGCCUUUCGAAAGGUGGAUGUAGAGGUGGCUUUCCUAGUAUCACCCGUGGCGCACCGCGUCCCCCUUUAUUAUAUUGUCCCACACGAAAUUCACCAGGGAAGCAUAUGCAUAGUAACUCCCCCACCUCAGCGGCGGUACAAGGACGAGGUUCUCAAACUAAGCGAGGACGGUGACGCCAUUUUCCAGCGUGUUAAGAGGGUCAUUGACAGUAACAAACUAAGCGUGAAAUUUACCCAUCCCGUCACGGUGAGGGCGCUCGCAAAAAGUUUUGACAAUUUUUUUGUGUAUGGUGUAAAAAAGUACCCACCGCAGUUGACCGGUGAGUUUUGUGGUCACCAGCGGCACCCCAUUUGGGUCCCGCGGCGUUCUCCAUUUGCUGAAAGAAUAAGGGAAGCAGCAAAGACUGUGGUGGUGCCGCGCAGGGGACACAACUCGGUGACGUGUUGCAUAGGUCACACGGGGCUUUCAAUCGAAAAGCUCGACGAGAACCUUCGGAGCUUUCUUACUCAACUGACGAACGAUCCCCAGGGAGUUACCCACGAAAAUAUCCUCCGCAUCCGAGUCAUGGGAAUGGACUACAAAAACCGCUGUGCCGGGCUACCAAUAUUUUGUCAUACGUUUCAAAUUCCUCGCACCCUACCGGAAGGGGAAGAGGAAGGACGUCAGACGAAGAAAAGAAAGAAAGAGUAG